AUGACUGACUCUAGUCAAAUGAUUCCACCUCAUGAAUCCGACGCAUCCGAGGCUGUGAAUCGUAGUCCAAGUAGUAGAGGUGGAUCUCAACGAGGCGCCGCUGCAAACAACGGUUACCGUAGACGUGCCGAAAGAAACCAACGAGGUGGCUUCAAUCAACAACAUCAUCGUUCNNNCUACUAUCCUACUCCGUUGGUUGGUCCACAUACGGAGUUUUACACACCACCUCGGGCUGUAUUCGACUUGCCGCCUCAGUUUCUUCCGCCUCACAUGUUCAACGCUAACGUGGUGCCUGUGUCGGAACGUGAUGCAAACUUUGAACUUCAGUUCGGAAAUUAUUCCAGAAAUGUACCCUACAUUAAUAAUGAUGGUUUGUUCAUUCCACCGCAACAACAGCUACAACCUGAAGAGUUCAUUCCAUCCGAACAACAACCUCAGGAAGUUUAUGCAAAUGGUUUAGAGAGUCAGUUAGGUCAGUUGUUCAUUCCAACCCAGCAACAGCGACAACCUCAAGAGUUCAUUCCAUCCGAACAACCCUCUCAAGAAGUUUACACAAAUGGAUUGGAGAGUCAGUUAGAGCAAUUGAAUGUGGGCGGAAAUGAAGAGCGUCAACUGGCGGCCGCGCUGGAUGUGCCCAGUCGGCAUCGUCAAAAGUCACCUCGUUCAACUGAUAGGUCUAAAAAUGCAUCACAUUCGAAUGCAACACAGCCGAAUCGUCGGCAUGUGAAUGCUCAAAACCGGAAGUCAAGGGGUGGCAGCGGUUCAUCAUCGUCGAAACGCGGAAACCAACGGGGACGGGGAGCGGCCGCUAUGGAACGUCAGAUGCAACGCCCUGCCGCAUACAGUGAUUUGGAAUCUUUUCCUCUUGCUGACAGCUCUGGAAUUCCAGCAGAAGAAGGCUACGGUUGUCCACCGUCGUAUUUAUUGGAGACGUAUCGUGACGAAACGGAUCGUCAGCAGAUGGCUGCUGCA